UGUCGCCUGUGACUGUGGCAGUCUCGCUCUCUCGCCAGCAGCUAAAGUAGUGCUAGUGUCUGUAAUUCUCGAACAUAUAGUGGAGUGCUGCGCUGCCUUGCCUGCCUGCUGGCUGGCGCUCUCUCGGUCGCCUCGUAAUAUACUAUAGUGCACGCACGAACUUGUUACGCAUAUCUUGUAUGUAGAAAAGAUUAUAUUUAUAUAUGUCUCUCUCUCCAGCGACACAUAGGCGCGAGAGAGCCCCGGAGUCGAUUUGGUGUAUUUAAUUGUAAUUAUUAUUGUCCGCGAGAGCACGGAGCGUCGUCUAUUUAAAUCGAAAUUCGGAGUCGUGUUGUUUUUUUUUCGUUUCGUGGGGCUCUCGAAGACAUAUAGAGGAACUUGAGGCUAGUGUAUAAUCCGAGUAUCCGAGGGAGAGAUGCUUUCUGCUGCCCAAUCGCACAGGUCUCGCCAGAAAACAGUUACCGAGAAAUCAUUGCAAAGAAUGUUUUUGUAUUGUAGCCUGACUUAAAUUCGCUGCAUCUAUACACUCGUAGUGCUUUUUACACGUAUAUCUCCUCUAUACAACACUUGCCUGUGUGCCGAGUUUUGCUGUGUACAUUGGCCUGACUGGGCACCUUUCUCUAAACAAGUUCGCGGUGAUUAAGGACUAUUUACGUUGUCUUCAGGCGGAUCACAAAACUACUAUUUACCUCUUAUAUUUCUCUCUUCCAAAAUCUCGUAAGACACAAUGGAACUGCGCGUUGGAAACAAAUACAGGCUCGGUCGCAAGAUUGGCAGCGGAUCCUUUGGAGACAUAUACUUAGGAACCAAUAUUUCGUCCGGAGAGGAAGUUGCAAUAAAACUAGAAUGUAUAAAGACAAGGCAUCCUCAGCUUCAUCUAGAAUCAAAAUUUUACAGAAUGAUGCAUGGGGGUGUUGGAAUACCAUCCAUAAAAUGGUGUGGUUCUGAAGGUGACUACAAUGUCAUGGUCAUGGAAUUAUUGGGUCCAUCAUUAGAAGAUCUCUUUAACUUUUGUUCAAGACGUUUCUCCCUUAAAACAGUUCUAUUACUUGCAGACCAAUUAAUAAGCCGAAUUGAUUACAUACAUAGCCGCAAUUUUAUCCACCGAGAUAUCAAGCCAGAUAACUUUCUCAUGGGACUGGGAAAAAAGGGUAAUUUAGUAUAUAUAAUUGAUUUCGGUCUGGCCAAAAAAUACCGCGAUCACCGAACUGCCAAACAUAUUCCAUAUCGAGAAAAUAAAAAUUUAACGGGAACAGCAAGAUACGCUAGUGUAAAUACUCAUUUAGGAGUAGAACAGUCUCGCCGAGACGAUCUUGAAUCAUUAGGAUACGUUCUAAUGUACUUCAACCGUGGAAGUUUGCCCUGGCAAGGUCUAAAAGCCGCGACUAAAAGACAAAAGUAUGAACGUAUAUCAGAAAAGAAAAUGUCCACUCCUAUUGAAGAUCUAUGUAAAGGAUAUCCAGCCGAAUUUGCACACUAUUUAAAAUACUGUAAGGAAUUACGCUUCGAGGAUAAGCCAGAUUAUUCUCAUCUCAGAUAUGCAUUCAGAACAUUAUUCCAUAGCCAAGGAUUUACAUAUGAUUAUGUUUUUGACUGGAAUAUGCUGAAGUUUGGAGGUACAAAACAAUCUGCUUUAACAGUGAGUGGACAGGCACCGGGUGUUGUAUUUUCCCACUCGGUUAACAAUCCAAUGACUCAAGUAGCCAAGAAUGACCAAGAACAUCGCUCUAGCGGUGGGCGCAGCAGACCAGGAACGAGAGGCCAUCGAGAAGCGGACGCGACGCGGUAGCACGUUUAAUAAGUGGACAAUACAAUAUCCAAAUUGAACUAAAUAUACAGUAAUGAUGUUCUAUGGUAAUUUACCAUUAAACUUAUCAUCACAAUAGAUUUACAACUACGAAUAUAAGUAUAAGCUUUUAUAUUGUACUGCAUAAUUAAACACUAAUGACGUAGCACUAUGACAUGAUACUUAUAUGCUUCAUUUAUAUUAAAAUUUUAAUAAAAGAAUGAACUGGAAACCGAA